AUCAGUUCUGUUUGGGAGUUUUGGAGACAGAAGACCUCUUGUAUUUCAGAUCCUUGCCUUGUUGGACCUGAUCAGGAACCAUGGCACACCCAGUGAUUCCGAUCUCUCCCCCUUUGACAGAAGAGCUCGAUAUCGUGAUCCCGACGAUUAGGAACCUCGAUUUCUUGGAGAUGUGGAGGCCAUUCUUCCAGCCCUAUCAUCUGAUCAUCGUUCAAGACGGAGAUCCCACCAGAACGAUCCGAGUCCCAGACGGCUUCGACUAUGAGCUCUACAACAGGAACGACAUCAAUCGGAUCCUAGGGCCCAAAGCCAGCUGCAUCUCCUUCAAGGACUCUGCUUGCCGCUGCUUCGGUUUUCUCGUCUCCAAGAAGAAGUACAUCUUCACCAUUGACGACGAUUGCUUCGUGGCCAAGGAUCCUAGCGGGAAGGAGAUCAACGCGUUGGCUCAGCACAUAAAUAACCUAUUGACGCCAUCUGCACCCUUUUUCUUCAACACACUGUAUGACCCAUACAGGGAAGGUGCGGACUUCGUCCGAGGAUACCCAUUCAGCUUAAGACAAGGUGCACCCACCGCAGUCUCUCAUGGGCUCUGGCUCAACAUUCCUGACUAUGACGCACCCACUCAGCUCGUCAAGCCUCUUGAACGCAACACCAGGUAUGUGGAUGCGGUAAUGACAAUACCCAAAGGCACCUUAUUCCCGAUGUGUGGAAUGAACCUGGGAUUUGAUAGGGAGCUGAUUGGUCCUGCAAUGUACUUUGGGCUUAUGGGUGAUGGCCAACCUAUUGGAAGAUACGACGACAUGUGGGCUGGUUGGUGUACCAAGGUGAUCUGUGAUCAUUUGGGCCUUGGGGUGAAGACAGGGUUGCCAUAUAUUUGGCACAGCAAGGCAAGCAACCCAUUUGUAAACUUGAAGAAAGAAUACAAAGGAAUCUAUUGGCAAGAAGAAAUCAUCCCAUUCUUUCAAUCUGUUUCCCUCCCAAGUGAAUGUACAACUGUGCAGAAAUGCUACAUCGAGCUCUCGAAGCAGGUGAAGGAGAAGCUUGGUCACAUUGAUCCUUACUUUGAGAAGCUGGGAGAUGCCAUGGUCACAUGGAUUGAAGCUUGGGAUGAGCUCAACCCACCUCCCAAUGCAACGGCCUUAAUCUAACCUUUAACCUGCUAAGGGGGAGCCCUCUUCCGAAACCAAGUAGAUAGAGAAAAGUGAGAUGAAUUCCAUUUACUUUGCUGUUCUAAAUUAUUUUC